ACAUGUCACAUAAAGCAAAGUACAAAACUCACCAAAAGAAAAGAAUACAGUUCGUAACUUCUCAACUUUCCAUCUUAAACUUGCAUCCUUAGACGAAUGAAAGCCUUAAGCUUUAACUUUAUUCUCACUCAAACCACUAUUUCCCUACACCCUGAACCAAAUUCCAUUACCAUUCAAUUCCUGUGGAAACCCCUGUUCUGUUUUCCAUUCUCAGACAACAAUGUUCGGAACCAAAAGCGUUACCUUUUGGCUUCUUCAGAUUAUUGGCCUCGUAGGCCUUCUCGCUCUUUGUCUAUGGUUAGUGUUGCGUCCCAGAAGCCCCAAUUAUACGAUCAUGAACUUUUCGGUCCCUUCGGUAAACGAUAGUAGUGCGUCCAAUCAUGGGAUCAUCCAAUAUGAGCUUGAUAUCGAUAAUCCGAACAAAAACUCAGGUAUUUACUACGAUGAUAUCUUCCUAAUCUUUUAUCAUGGGGUCGAUACGGUGGGGAACAACACUGUCCCAUCAUUUUAUCAAAGGAAGGAUCGGAAUUUCCGAGUGCUCAAACAUGUUGAUGUUGACACCCCCUUGUGGAGAGCUCUUCGCAGCGCAAUACUGAAUGCAACAGCUGAACUAAGAGUUGAUUUAUCAACUAAUAUCAGAUAUAAAACAUGGGGCAUAAAGAGCAAGCACCAUGGACUACACAGAGAAGGAAAUAUACCGAUAGGUAAAGAUGGCAAGAUAUCCAACAAGAAGAAGAAAGUUAAACUUCGGCAUGCAUCAAAAAGGUUGAAACUAAGGGCUACCAGAUUUCUCUGAAGUCUCUUUAACAUCUUGCCUUGGUUUUCUUUAUGUAUGUCACCUUCUUCUUUCCUCCUUGGUUCUGUAUAUAAUUUUCUUAGGUUGAUGAAUUCCAGUGUUUAAACGUAAUCAUCAAAUGCAGACAUGCAAAUAAAACAAUAUUAUUCUUUUCUAUCAACAUGUACCAAAC